GGCAGCGGGUAGACAGUAGGCGGACACUAUCGUCUUCAUCCUCAGCUUAGCUGCUCGGCAAACGAGCGCAGGGGAGGCCAAUACCAACCAUUUCCUUCCGGCCACCGCCAUGUCUCCAAUUCUAUCUUCAGUUCAUAUCCUACAUCCACGCCUCAGCCUCUACGUGAAGCCGCUGUUCCUUUGCAAAUUCACUCUGCUCAGGCAAUCACUCGGGAUAAACCCUCGAAUUCUUUUAUCUGUAGCCUCCGCACUGCCUCCAACUGAAGAUGGAGGUAGCUGCGGCAGGUCCGGCUCCUUAUCGGCUCCACCGCGGGUUAUCGAAGAAGCUGUUCAAAAAAUUGACGUCAAUCCUCCAAAAGGGACCAGAGAUUUUCCUCCUGAAGAAAUGCGCCUCCGCAACUGGCUGUUCCACAAUUUCAGAGAGGUCUCGAGAUUGUAUGGUUUUGAAGAGGUUGAUUUCCCAGUGUUGGAGUCGGAGGCAUUGUUUAUCAGGAAAGCCGGAGAGGAAAUUAGGGACCAGUUAUAUUGUUUUGAAGAUCGUGGAAAUCGCCGUGUUGCACUGAGGCCGGAGCUCACUCCAUCUCUGGCAAGGCUAGUAAUACAGAAAGGAAAAUCAGUACCCCUCCCACUGAAAUGGUUUGCUGUUGGACAGUGUUGGCGAUAUGAGAGGAUGACGAGGGGUCGUCGGCGUGAGCACUACCAGUGGAAUAUGGAUAUUAUUGGUGUGCCUGAAGUCACAGCUGAAGCAGAGCUUAUUUCUUCUAUUGUUACAUUUUUCAAGCGGAUUGGAAUCACUGCAUCAGAUGUGGGAUUCAAGGUUUCUAGCCGAAAGGUUUUGCAGGAAGUAUUGAAGUGCUAUUCCAUAUCGGAGAACUUGUUUGGCAAGGUUUGCAUCAUCAUAGACAAGAUUGAUAAGAUUCCUAUAGAUGAAAUUAAAAAGGAUUUGAAGUCAGUUGGGAUGUCAGAGGAUGCUGUUGAGGAGCUGCUGCAAGUCCUUUCCAUAAAGUCAUUGACUAAGUUGGAAGAAAUACUUGGAGGUGCAGGGGAAGCACUUUCAGAUCUUAAACAACUUUUCUUCCUUGCUGAAAAGUUUGGUUAUUCUGAGUGGAUUCAGUUUGAUGCAUCAGUUGUCCGUGGCCUUGCUUACUACACUGGUGUUGUUUUCGAGGGUUUUGACAGAGAAGGAAAGUUGAGAGCCAUAUGCGGUGGUGGGAGAUAUGAUCGCUUACUCUCUACUUUUGGUGGUGAUGACAUUCCAGCUUGUGGAUUUGGAUUUGGUGAUGCUGUCAUAGUAGAACUACUGAAAGAGAAGGGUAUACUACCAGAAGUCAGCCUCCAAGUAGAGAACAUUGUUUGUGCUCUAGAUCCCGAUCUUCAAGGAGUAGCUGCUACAGUUGCUACCUUACUCAGAGAUAAAGGACAAAGUGUUGACUUAGUUCUGGAAAACAAACCUCUUAAAUGGGUGUUCAAACGGGCAGCACGUAUAAAUGCACAAAGGCUUAUAUUGGUGGGAAAUACGGAGUGGCAAAAGGGUAUGGUUGGUGUAAAAAUCCUCUCUUCUGGGGAACAAUACGAGGUUAAACUUGACGAGCUAGAGUGACAAGGAAAUGGACAGUAGGUCAUAUCUGUGUACCAUAUUUAUGCUAUUGUUUUACCAAUAGGUAUAAACUUUUGUUAGUUCAUAUUCUUUCACCAAAUCACCUUCUUCCAUAAUUUUUUUGGUAGAAAUGGUUAAUAGAUGAAUUGUUGAUUUCA